AUGGUCGCCCAAAAGAUUGAUGGAACGGCUAUCGCCAAGUCGAUUCGCGAACGCCUGCAUGACCAAAUCAAAAAGAAGCAAGAGACCUCGCCGAGGUUUAAACCUGCGUUGACUAUCAUCCAAGAUCGGACUCGAGUAGGUUCUCCUCUACCUAUAGAUCCAAAUUUUAAAGUUUUUAGGCCAGUGGUUGACAAUUAUGAAGGCGUCUAUGUUCGCAUGAAGCUAAAGGCUGCCGAAGAGGCCGAAAUCAGCUGUGAAAUAAAAAAGUUCGAUGAGGAUGUUACUCAGGCAGAGGUUCUGGAAUACAUCUAUAGCCUGAACAACAAUACCAAAAUUCAUGGCAUCCUUGUUCAGCUUCCUCUUCCUAAGCAUCUCUCUGAACAUACUAUCACAUCGGCUGUCGAUGCGGAAAAAGAUGUCGAUGGUUUUGGUACCAUCAACAUCGGAGAGCUUGCUAAGCGUGGCGGCGAGCCUUUGUUCGUUCCAUGCACUCCCAAAGGUGUUAUGACUCUGCUUGAAGAAUCCGGCGUCGAUCUGAAAGGAAAAAAUGCCGUUGUUUUGGGCAGAAGUGAUAUCGUUGGAAGCCCCGUUUCGUAUCUCUUGAAGAAUGCAGAUGCCACAGUUACUGUCUGCCACUCUAGGACAGAAAACCUCCCUGAAAUCAUCAAGGGGGCAGAUGUCUUGGUCGCAGCUAUCGGAAAAGCUCAAUUUGUCAAAGGAGAGUGGUUGAAGCCCGGCGCCGUUGUCAUUGAUGUUGGUACAAAUUACAUCCCAGACAGUACUAAGAAGUCUGGCCAGAGGAUGGUCGGCGAUGUCGACUAUGAUUUAGCUUUUGAGGUUGCCUCUUACAUUACACCAGUCCCUGGUGGUGUCGGACCAAUGACUGUCUGCAUGCUUAUGCAGAAUGUCGUCAACUCUGCUAUGCGCUUCUACGAUCGUACUGCUGCCCGCUCAGUUACACCAAUCCCUCUCAAACUCCUCACACCGGUCCCUAGCGAUAUCGCUAUCUCUAGAGCCCAGCACCCCAGGAGCAUCAAGGCUAUUGCAAACGAGCUUGGGAUCACUGAUACUGAGUGCGAGUUGUAUGGUGCCUAUAAGGCUAAGAUCAAGCUCGAAUUGCUUGAUCGAUUGUCCCACCGCAAGAACGGAAAGUACGUCUUGGUUGCCGGUAUUACACCUACCCCUCUCGGUGAGGGUAAGUCGACAACCACUGUCGGUCUUGUCCAGGCUCUUGCCGGUCAUUUGGACAAGAUUGCCUUCGCCAAUGUUAGACAGCCAAGUCAAGGACCUACCUUUGGUAUCAAGGGUGGUGCAGCUGGAGGUGGUUACAGUCAGGUCAUUCCCAUGGACGAGUUCAACCUCCACUUGACCGGCGAUAUCCACGCUAUCACUGCUGCGAAUAACUUGUUGGCUGCCGCCAUUGAAACAAGAAUGUUCCACGAAAACACUCAGAAGGAUAAGGCGCUCUACAGCCGUCUUGUCCCGAGAAAGAAGGGAAAGAGGGAAUUUGCCCCUGUUAUGUUCCACCGCUUGAAGAAGCUCGGAAUUAAUAAGACAAAUCCCGAUGAGUUGACUGAGGAGGAGAUCACGAAGUUCGUUAGGCUUGAUAUUGAUCCCGAUACCAUCACAUGGCGUCGUGUGCUUGAUAUCAACGAUCGUCAUUUGCGCCAAAUCACUGUUGGACAGGCUCCAACUGAGCGUGGACAGACUAGAGUUACAGGAUUCGAUAUCUCUGUUGCCAGCGAAUGUAUGGCUAUCCUUGCGCUUUCCAACAGCCUUAGUGAUAUGAGAGAGCGACUUGGAAACAUGGUUAUUGGUACCAGCAGGUCCGGCGACCCAGUUACCUGCGAUGAUAUCGGCGCCGGUGGUGCCCUUACCGCCUUGAUGAAGGAUGCUAUCAAGCCUAACCUUAUGCAAACUUUGGAGGGAACUCCAGUUUUUGUCCAUGCUGGUCCCUUCGCCAACAUCAGUAUCGGAGCAAGCUCUAUCUUGGCUGACAAGAUUGCGCUCAAGCUCGCCGGUACUGAGUCGGAUGAAGACUACGAGACUAAGGCUGGUUAUGUCGUUACCGAAGCUGGUUUCGACUUUACCAUGGGUGGUGAGCGAUUCUUCAACAUCAAGUGCCGAUCGUCUGGCCUCGUUCCAGAUGUCGUCGUCAUUGUUGCUACAGUCCGUGCCUUGAAGGUCCAUGGAGGUGGCCCUGAGAUCACUCCAGGAGCUCCCAUCCCAGAGGCUUACACGACUGAGAAUAUCGACCUACUCAAGGCUGGCUGUAUCAACCUUGGCAAGCAUAUUGCGAACGCUAAGCGUUAUGGAGUUCCAGUUGUUGUUGCUAUCAACAAAUUCAGCACCGACACUGAAGCUGAACAUCAAGUCAUUCGCGAUGAGGCCAUCAAGGCAGGUGCCGAAGAUGCUAUCCCGGCCAACCACUGGGCUGAGGGUGGUCUCGGCGCCAUCGAUCUUGCCCAGGGAGUCAUCAAGGCUUCCACACAACCCAAGGACUUCAAGCUUCUUUACACUACCGAGGGUACCAUCGAAGAGAGGAUGGCCAUCAUUGCUAAGGAAAUGUAUGGCGCUGACGGCAUCGAAUUGAGCGAGCUAUCGAAAACCAAGAUUGAUACCUACUCUCGCCAGGGGUAUAACAAUCUUCCUAUUUGCAUUGCUAAGACUCAAUACUCUCUUUCACACGACCCCAGCUUGAAGGGCGCCCCAACCGGCUUCACCGUUCCAAUCCGUGACGUUCGUCUCUCUGCUGGCGCCGGUUAUCUGUAUGCUCUUGCUGCGGAUAUCCAGACUAUUCCUGGAUUGCCAACCGCCGCUAACUACAUCAACAUUGAUGUUGACCCCGAGACCGGCGAUGUCGACGGACUCUUCUAA